CCUUCGGCACAAGUUGUCAUAAAAACAUUGUUCUGGUUAACAGUGUUGUUUUCCUAAAGCUGCGAAAGUCAUCCCCAUUGGCAAAGCUAAUCCUACGCUACCCUCUUUCUCUAUUUUUCCCUCUGUAGAAAUUGAAGCUCCAGGCCGCAAAUCUUUCGUUCUUCACCGGGUCUUGGCUUCGAGGGGGGGGGAACUGAUGCUCAAACUACAAAAUGAGAUCCGAGUUGCACUGACUCAAAAUUGCAUAUCUCAAUACUGCUCGAGUACAGUGGAGAAUCAUAAGAAAAGGGAUGAAAAAGUGAUUAUUAUGUCUGGGCUGAUUGAAGGUCUUCCAGACGCCGUUGCUCUUAGGUGCCUUGCACGGGUCCCUUUCUACCUGCAUCCUAAGUUGGAGCUUGUUUCUCGAUCCUGGCAAGCUGCAAUUCGGAGCUCUGAACUAUUUAAAGCUCGACAGGAGGUUGGUGCAACAGAGGAUCUAUUAUGUGUGUGCGCUUUUGACCCAGAAAAUUUAUGGCAGCUUUUUGACCCUCUCCACGACCUUUGGAUUACACUCCCAGUCCUCCCCUCCAAAAUUAGGCACCUUGCCCACUUUGGUGCUGUCUCCACUGCAGGAAAGCUGUUUGUGCUUGGUGGUGGUAGUGAUGCUGUUGACCCGUUGACUGGUGACCAAGAUGGGAGCUUUGCUACCAAUGAGGUAUGGUCAUAUGAUCUUGUAACUCGGCAGUGGUCUCCUCGUGCAUCUAUGCCUGUACCUCGUAUUAUGUUUGCAUGCUGCGUUCUGGAUGGAAAAAUAGUUGUUGCAGGUGGUUUUACCAACUGCCGAAAAUCAAUUUCUCAGGCAGAAAUGUAUGAUCCAGAGAAGGAUGUGUGGAUUCCAAUACCCGAUCUCCACUGCACCCAUAAUUCAGCCUGUUCCGGGUUGGUGAUGGGAGGAAAGGUGCACGUCUUGCACAAAGGCCUGUCCACAGUGCAAGUCUUGGAUAAUGCGGGGCAUGAGUGGACAGUUGAGGACUCUGGCUGGCUUCAGGGUCCAAUGGCAAUUAUUAAGGGUGCACUGUAUGUGAUGAGUCAUGGAAUUAUUUUCAAACAGGAGGGAAACGUGAGUAAGGUGGUGGUUUCAGCAUCCGAGUUCCGGAGGAGAAUCGGGUUUGCAAUGAUUGGGCUAGGAGAUGAGCUUUAUGUUAUAGGGGGAGUUCUUGGCCCUGACCAAUGGAACUGGGACAUUGAACCAAUGUCUGAUGUUGAUGUUCUGACAUUGGGGAUUGAGAGACCAACAUGGCGUCGGGCUGCUCCGAUGACAAGAUGCCGCGGAACCAUUUUUGGGUGUACACAUCUAAGAAUUUAGUUCUAUAAAUUGUUCUGCUGUUCCUUGUGAAAAUUAUGCUCUUGCUGUGAAUUCAGACCCCUUCCCUUUUAGAAACAAUGAAUGAGCUAUUUGCUGUACCUCGUUUCAUUUGUAAGCCUCCUUAGCCUUCUUGGCCUUGGUUUUUUGUUGCUGCUUUGUAGUUUCCUGAGGAAGCAGAGUUUUAAGUUUCAUUCC